GGUGUUCAAGUCUCCGGGAUUUGCAGUGAAAGCGGAGCACGCGGACCGUGAUUUGAUCUCUUAUCAGCGGUACGGCGAAGAAACCUAAACGGGGCAAAAAAGUCAAAAAACGCGGAUUUAACUCAGCUUCUUUUUUAUUUUUAUUUUUUUUUUUUUUUUCAUUUUUGGCUUAACUCACGUUCCGUGUCGUGCUCGGCAAUAUCCCAAAGAGUCGUGCGGGACUUGGCGAGUGUGGACCGAGCCGGAGCUCCUCCGCAGUCCGUGGAUGUGGUGGCGGUAGUACACCGGGGAGUGGGUUGGGUCGCCCGGGUGCCUGGCACACGUCCUCGGCGAGAAGGUGAGCGGAAGGAAGGACUUGCCAUUUUUUGUUUGUUAUUGUUUUUAUUUUUAUUUUUUUGCGGGGUAAGGUGCUCGUUUGUGCAGGACAUUUGGGAGCACCUUGCGUGGAUUUGUACCUUCCUCCCCCCCCCUUUUUUUUUUUAUUAUAUUUUUUUUUCCCGGGUGUGGAGGAGCAUCCGCUCGCUUGUUCAUCCAGGAGAGGCGACCACAUCGCGGGGGUGGCUGAGCUGAGCUGAGCCGAGCCAGGCACGAUGGCAACCGGUGUGCUCCUCGUCGCCUUCGCGCUGCUCGCAGGCGCCGCUGUGGCCCAGAGAGUCGUGACGGUGCAGAGCGGGCCGCUGAUCCGGACCGAGGGCUCCCACGUGACCAUCUGGUGCAACGUGACGGGCUACAAAGAAGGCGUCGAGCAGGACUUCGAGUGGUCCAUGUACCUCCCGUCCGCGCCGGACCGGGAGAUCCGCAUCGUAAGCACGGCCCAGCCCAACUACGCCUACGCCGUCUACGCGCAGAGGGUGAACAGCAAAGACAUCUACGUGGAGAGGCUGAGCCGGGACUCGGCCAUGCUGCACAUCACCAAGGUGCAGGCCAAGGACCAGGGCCUGUUUGAGUGCUACACGCCCAACACGGACGGCCGCUACUUGGGCUCCUACAGCGCGCGCACCAACCUGACAGUUAUUGCCGACUCGCUGACAGUAUCAGCCCCAUCCCAGACUCUUUCCAAAGUGGAAGGCGACACGCUACAACUGACCUGUGAAGUGUCCCGGACCACAAUGCAACACACUCACUUGUCAGUGGGCUGGUUCCUGAAGGCGCCCGACGACGCGUCCGCCCCACCUCAGGAGCUGCUCACGCUGUCCAAGGACUUUGUCCUGCGGUCCGGGGGCCCGUACCGCCAGAGGAUGGCGGCCGGGGACCUCAGGCUGGACAAAACCAGCGCCACGUCCUACCGCCUGACCAUCCACAAGUUGCAGCCCGUGGACCAGGGCCUGCUCUACUGCCAGGCCGCCGAGUGGAUCCAGGACGCCGACGGCAGCUGGUUCGCCAUGACCCGCAAGCAAAGCGACAAGAACGCGCUCCGCAUUCAGCCCACCGAUCGUGACUUCAGCAUCCAGGUGAGCACGGAGAGGCGGUCCUUCACGGCCGGUGAGCCGCUGGAGCUCCGCUGCACCAUUGAGGCGCAGAACGUCCCCGAGCGGUUCUUCUCGGUGUCGUGGGUCUUCAGCAGCUCACCGGUGGCCGUGGUGGACCCCAGCGCCGUGCCCGUCCUGGGCCCCGACUACGUGGCCCGCGAGGCCGCCGGCCAGAUGACCGUGCGCAAGGUGAGCCCCAACGUGCACCUCCUCAAGCUGCAGCACCUCCGCCCCAACGACACCGGCAAAUACAUCUGCCGCGUAACGGAGCGGGAAAAGACACCCACGGGAGACUUCAUCGACCGCAGCAAGCGGUCUCGCAACGUUCACAUCACGGUGCAGCCGCUCAAGACCAACAUGACUGUCUCGUUGUCUAGCAACUCCUCUGAGGUUCUGGAGGGCAACGUGAUGCAGUUGACCUGCUUGGUGCAGUCCACCACAGGGCCGCUGUCUGUCGUCUGGCAGUGGACGGAGAAACGGGGCAACGAACCGGCCCAGACGCUGGCCUCCCUGGACCGGGACGGCACCGUUCUGCACAGCGACGCCUACAGGGAGCGCUCCAGCUACGGCGAGAUACGCGUGGAGAGGUCGCGGGCAGACACCUUCUUGCUUUCCAUCUACAACGUCUUGCCGGAGGACGCGGGGCAGUACGGCUGCGCUGCGACCGAGUGGCUUCAAAACGGCACUGGACCUGAACUCAGCUGGGAAAAGAUUGGGGAGAAGUCUGACACCAAGACAGUCACCGUCAAGACUGUUGAGUCCUCCUUCAUGGUCUCCGCCUCAUCACGGACUCCAUCGGUAACCUACGGCGACUCCUUCGACCUCCUGUGCUUGGUCAAGCCCCGGCACAACCCCCGCGUGCCCGCCUCGGUCACCUGGCGCUUCAUGCCGGCCGGCGCGGAGGCCCCCGGCGAGGGCGAGUUCAAGGAGCUGGUGACUUUCACCCGGGAGGGCACGCUGCAGUGGGGGGAGCAGCUGCUCGGCCUGGGCACCCGCACCACCGUGGACCGCUCGCACUCCAACACCAACUUCCGGCUGUCCGUGACGCGGGCCGGGCGCCACGAGGCGGGCAAGUACCAGUGCACCGCCGUCCUGUGGAGGAAAAACUACGACGACAGCUGGAGCCGGGUGGCCAACCGCACGUCCAACCUGCUCGGAAUCAGCGUCCUCCAACCAGUCCAUCUCUUGUGUUUCUCUGCAGAUAGUAAGCUGCGGGUGCAAAAGAACAACCAGUCUCUGGUCAACCUGGAGGACAGCCGAGUCCGAAUCAAUUGCUCCGUCACCUCGCAGACCAGCCCGGACUCUCGGCACGCCGUGCUGUGGUACGUGAGGCGCGCCGCCGCGGGCUCGGAGGCCGACGAGCUCCUGCUGCGGAUCGAGCGCUCGGGGGCCCUGGAGUACGGCACGUAUGCCGACGAGGAGCGGCUGCGGCGGCGCGUGCAGGCCGAGAGGCUUUCCCCUCGGCUCUACGCGCUGACCCUGAACAGGGCGGAGAGCGGCGACUCGGGGACGUACUACUGCCUGGUGGAGGAGUGGCUGAGCGACCCGGACGGCGCCUGGUACCGCCUCUCGCGGGACUCGUCCGGGUUCACGGAGGUUCUGGUCCGACGGCCAGAGGCCCGACUCCAGGUGGAGGAGACGGAGUCAAACGUGACAGUCGCGGAGUCCGGCUCAAUCCGGCUGGGUUGCAGCAUCCCCUCCCAGUCGUCCCGAGACUCGCGCUUCUCCGUGUCCUGGUACGUCGAACGCGACGAGGACGAGGAGCUGCCGCCGCCGACGGAGGAAGAGCGCGAGCGGGAGUGCGUCUUCUCCAUCGGGCACGACGCCGUCUUCGGGAACGGCAACUGCAGCCCCAGAGAGGAAGCGGGGCCCAACUCCCGCCUGCAGUUCGAGAGGACCGCCUCGGACCAGUACAGCCUGACCGUUCAGGGGGCGCGGCCGUCGGACGCGGGGCGCUACUACUGCCACGUGGAGGAGUGGCUGCUCAACCCUCGCAAUGCUUGGUACCGCCUGGCCACCAACAACUCCGGCUUCGUUACGGUCAAUGUACUGCAACAAGAAUCCACCGUCAAGUCGGUGGUGUGCGCCAACGACACGCUCUUCUACUUCGUCUUCUUCUACCCGUUCCCCGUCUUCGCCGUCCUCCUCAUCGCCCUCCUGCUGGUGCGCUUCAGGAGCCGCGGCAGCGGCAAGAGCCAGGAGGGCAAGAACGGCGCCCCCCUCCUGUGGAUUAAGGAACCGCACCUCAGCUACUCGCCCACCUGUCUGGACCCGCCCGCCCUCAGCCUGCACCCCGGCUCCGUGGACUAGGAGCUCCUGACCGCCCCACCUCGCCCCCGACUCGCCGUAUUCGCAAGCCGCACGAGGGGAGCGGAUCGGGACGCCGCUUGCGGAAUUUCCCGUCGUUCGCCACUGUCUUGAUCCAUCAGUAGAUCGACUGCCUUUUUUUUUUUUUUUUUUUUUUCGUGUGCGAGUGAGCAGCGUUCUAAUUUUUUUUUGUGUCUCGGCGCUGUGUUUGAUUUCAUUACCCUAAAUAUCUUUUUCAAAAAUGAGAACAAAAAAAAAAAAAAUCUCACUUUUAAGAGAAGGAACUGUGGUGGGGGGGUGGAAAAAAAAAAGUCUCGACAGUCCCGAUCCAAGUACAGGCUGGCCUACUAAAUUGGUUGCCAUAGCGAUGCUCCGAGCCCACUGACUCCAUCGCCGGCGACUUGGCAGCCUUGCAGAGAGACAAAAGGGGGGGAAAAAAAGGCCCACCUGGCCCCGCGAAGAAUUUGGCCCGCAGAACCAAGUCCUGGAGCACUGCUUCCACACUGCCAGACACACAAAACUUUGACGACGCGAGCAAACGAAAAACGCACGUCCGUUCUAAACGUUCUACGUCCCGCCGAGGAUCCGCUCCACAUUUCGCCGAGACUUCCCGAUAUUGCAAACGACGUUCGUUUCGACUCCCGUUUUUAAUCCCGUUUCGAUUGAAUUUUUUUUUUACGGCACGACCGGGGAACUGAAAUUCAAAUCGAGCGCAUUUCACUUCGAUUCGCUCCGUGCUUGACGGAUGAAAAAUGAUUUUUUUUUUUUUUUUAAGGUAUGAAAUUUAAAAAAAAAAAAGAUCACAUCCUUUCAAAUGAAAAUAAUGUGUAGAUACUGUAAGACACAUAAGUGGUGGAAAAUGUUUGUGUUUUCUAUUUAUUGUUUUAUACUUUGUUUUUUUUAUUUUGAAAUUCUCUGCUGCUUCCUUGGCAACGGCGGCAGAUGAUGAUGACCAUGUUGUGGUUCGAGAUGCUCCAUUUUUUUUUUUUUUUUUUGGUACCAAAAUGAAUUCCGAUUGAGUCAGUGUUCAAAAGACGAUACAGGUAGGAGUAAAAUUAUUUGUGGCUUUUAUCUGUACAAAUAUUUGGAAAAGACAAAGAAACCUAGAGAGAAAAAAAAAAGCUUCUUGCUUGCUUUUGCGUUUAUUUUGUGAUGCUUCGCCUUGGAAGGAUUUUUUUUUUGGGGGGGGGGUGCGUUUGUUGAGUGGAUUUUUCUCCCCCAAAAGGUGGCUCAACGUGCCAAGAGACAUGAGACAAUGCAAGAGACUGAGGAAAAACUCCAAAAAUGUAACCCUUUCACUGCCAGAACUGGACCUAAAAUUAAGAGGAGGUGGGGGGAUAACGGACCCCCCCCCCCACACACACACACACACAAAAAAAGAAAACACCCCUCCUCCAACUUUUGUCGUCUGGGUCGUGUCAACAUGUAUAUUGCAUGACAAUAACGCAGGAGGCAUUUUAGAUGUUUUGUAAACUUGGAGCUCUUCCUGAGCGCCGUGUUUGUGUGACAGAGCGCCGCCCCGACUCCCGCUGGACUUCCUGAGCCGCCGUGUCAUACAGCAAACCCCCCCCCCACCCCGACAAAUAAACGUGACGUCCCGAGUUUUGAGAUUGUGAACAGAAAGCGAGCAAGUGGUCACGCCGCGCAAGAAAUCUCGCGCGGUUCUCACUUGUAGGUACUUGGUUUUCAUUGUUUUCUAUUUAUGGCCUAGUAGUGUUUUUCAUACAAAAACUGACUGUAAUCAAGACUGUACGACUUGUGUUAUCGAUUGAACUACAGUAUGUCAUAAAAACUGAAGAUCCCCGCUAUUUCGACGCUGUCCAACGAAAAAAAGCAUGUACUAUGUCGAAAUGUGACUUGUGUGAAGAAAUACACCAUUUGGCGAUACAGCUCGCAAUCUUGUAGUCUUGCCUCACAAAAAUUUAGUAGGAAAAAUGGUACGAAAAUGUAAACCUAUCAAUUUUACUGUCCAGCUCCAAACGACACGCUGUACUGAAAAUGAUGCCGUUUCAGGAUCAGGCAAUACUGUAUACCUGCAAAUUUUCAUUUUUGUGAGCGUACAAUGUGUUUUGGAACUUUAUUUUAAAACUGCAGUUAGCUUAUUGUUACGCUAACAGUAUACGACUAACGUAAUUCCCGGCCUACGGAGCGCACCUGGUUAUAAGCCUCACCCAGUACAUUUGUCAAGGAAAUACCAUUUGGUACAAACAUACGCCGCAGCUGUGUAAAAGCCCCAAGUGCCCACCUUGAAACACGAGAUAUUUACAAAGAAAGACGGUACACAGAGACUUGAACGCUACCACCGCCGCGCUAAUGCUAACGCUUUUCUAUAGAACAUUUCUAAAUUCUAAAAGAAUUUAUAAAGAACUAUAGAACUUUAGGACCCAAAUCCUAUAGAAUUUCUAUUCUGUAUAAAUUCUAUAGAAAAUCACAUCCGAAGUUCUAUAGAACAAGUUGUUCUGUACAAAUUAUAUGGAUUUCUAAAGAAUUUCUAUAGAAAAUUUUUAGGAGGGCAGGUCCGGUUUAAAAAAAUAUAUAUAUAUUUAUAUAUACAUACAUACAUACUGGUAAAAAUCACUGCGAUUCGGCAGUAACAUGCUAGCGCAGUGCGAACAGGGCCGGACCGGUAAACGUCACUUCCUCGGCACAUAUGUUCCACUGGUCUCACAAUUACCUUUUACGCUCGAGUGCCCCCCCUUGCGGCCAUUAGGAAAAAAAUGCACAAAUUAGCCGCAUUACCGCAGGGUUGAAAGCGUGUGAAAAAACUCACGGUUAAUAGGCCGGAAAUCACGGUAAUCUAGACCAAGACCGACUUGCUCGGUACAGAGAAAGCUAGCGCUAAAAGGCCAGUCAAAAUAAAACUUACCCAUAAAUAUCACUGAGACAUGCCAGUAACACAGCAGCAACAGGCUAGCACAGCGCUUGUGCAGCGCUAACAGGGCUGGUAAAAGUCACUUCCUCGGCACAUAUAUUCCACCAGUCUCACUCUUUACUUUUUCGGCUACGAGUGCCCCCUUGCGGCUAUUAGAAAAAAAUGCACAAAUUGGCCGCAUCACCUCAUAAACCGCAGGGUUGAAAGCGUGUGGAAAAAAGUUGCUGCUUAUAGGCCGGAAAUUACGCUAUUUAUUCUAACUUUACCUGUAAAGGUAUUUAAUAUUUCAACGAUCAAUCGUUUGGACACAGUGCAGCUGCGAUUCUGUCUCACGUUUUGAAGCUCCCAAUAGAGUAUGCUGUUUUAUCUUUACUGAACCACAAAAACAUGGUGCGAACGCCACAAAGAGGAAUGAGAAGGUGUUUAUUGUUGUUUUUUUGGGUCGCCGGCAAUCAUCCACCCCACUAUUGAAUGACUUCACACGUACAUACUUUUGCUUUCUACCACAGGUAAAAAUCAAACUACAAAUGUAAUUAAGUAUUGUUGUAAAAUAAUACAUACUGUAUUUACUGGACUGGUACGGCUUGUCAGCACGGUGGUGGCUAGAUGUCACAAAACACUAGAAGCCCCGAUACAUUUUUUUGGGGGGUUAAAUCUUGUUUUUUUCGAUUGGCUGUUGUGUCUCGGACCUUGUGACAACAUUGACGGGUGAAGUCCACUUUGCUGUUCUGUGUUAUUCUCUCUGGGGGGGGGGGGGGGUGUCUAAAACCAAUUUUGUAUUACAGUUUUACAAGCGACAUGAAGUGGCAAUGCCUGAUUGGACAUGCCAAAAGUCACAAAAACUGUCAAUUACAUGCGUACCGUAUCCUACUAAAUUGUGACAUUCUUUUUAACAUUUGGCGAUUUUCCCCCACAGGACCAGAAAUAUUGACGCGGAAAAGUUUGCGACGCCACUUUCAUGCAAAAUAGAUAACUUGAGGGAAAACAAAUACCGUACUGUAUUUACGGUAUGAAUUCAUCCAAUCUAACUUUGUAACCUUCCAAGUGCGUUUCAAACAUUUUCGGGCAAGCCUCACAGGCAAGUAGAAAAUCGCAAAUGUUCCGCAACGUCGGCUUCAUUUACGGAACCAAAGCACAUUUGACACGCACACGCAUACUACACGAGGUGUUUUGUUGUCAUGCGAGACGAGAAAACACCUGUAAUGAGGGUUUUGCUUUCGUUGUCCGCGCGGAAGUUUGCGAGGCGCCUGCGACGUCGCCUCAUUAAAUUUCAAUGAAAUUUAGCGUAUUAUUUUUCCUCAACCGCUUUGCCUUUGAUACAGUUCUGCCCCCCCCUCCCCCACCCACACACAAGCAUUUCAUCCCGUGCCAGGA